ACAGUAAUUGCGCGGCUCCGACGACCCCCCGCGUUUUGUCUCCAUGGAUGCAGUCCAUGACAUCAAGAUCGAUCUAACAUUGGAUCGCGCAGUGACUCGAGACGUAUUGAGGGCCCUUCUGCACGCGAUUCUUUUUCAUCGUUUGUUUGGAACAGUUCAGCCUCGCUGUAUUGAAGUCUUAGACAUAACUUUCCCUGGAAUAACUGAUUCUGAUAUCGAACGCAAAAUAAACGAUAAGGUUGACCUUUUUUGGAAGACAAUUGAUUCCAGCGGACUGUCAACUGCAUCUCCCCGGAGCGGCGAGCUGAUUAUAACGUUUUCCGAAAAAAGGGAAAAGCGACAAUGGUUCUCGAUGACAGAGGAAUAUGUCCCAUGGGAGGUUUGGACCAUUAAUACUACUAUCCGAGUGCCUCGGAACGAUAAAGAACGUCGCGAGAUCAUGGAUCCACUGCCCGGGGAAUUGUCCGAAAUAUUGAAGACCAUCUUGAAUAAAACCUCGUCAGAAAAGGGGCGUUCUGUUGUACCGCCCAUCCAUUCUGCAAACGUCAUUACACCGUUUCCCCUGAGCAUUCGCGUUCGAGUUAGCGGAACUGAUGUUGGUGGUCCAGACUAAGUUUGCAUGCGUUGCUCCUUUAGAUCUGCCUAAUUCCAUAUUCUGUCCGCCCCUCCUGUGGCAAUGGUGAAUUAUAACGCUCUUGUAUUAGUGCUCCCAUCUCGUGUUUUGCGGAAAUUCAUGGAUGCCUGCAGAAGGUUGUCUACCUUACGUAACACUCUUGCGUUCCUUCCUGUUGUGGUGUGUUGUUGCGCGGCAGACUGACCACGCCUUUCGUGCCAUUCCACCAUACGGUCCAACAGAGGGGGAAGCACUCUUUUCAGGGGGGUUGGGUCCUCUCUGCUU